ACAGAUGGAAAUCGCUUGAAAAAUUCACCCAUUCCGCAUUAAAAAGGAAAAAGUGCUAAAAUAUGUCCCAUUAACACAUAUUGUUCGGUUCGUAAGUUUCGGUUAAAAACGCCCGGUGUUUGCCAUUCGAAAAAAAUGAAUGUGAUACGUGCGGUCCAGUUGUAUCUGGAGCAAAUGAUUUCCGAAGCUGGCCCCGGAAUGAAAAUGCUAAUGAUGGACCGAGAAACGACCAGCAUCGUUUCGAUGGCAUUCGCGCAGUCCGAAAUGCUUCAGAAAGAAGUUUAUCUGUUCGAGCGCAUCGACUCCGGACGCUCCAACGAACGGCUAAAGUAUUUGAAGUGCAUCGUCUUCAUCCGACCCACCCGAGAUAACGUUUUAAGGUUGCAAAGCGAGUUAAAAAGUCCCAAGUAUGGCUCCUACUUCAUAAAUUUCAGUAACAUCAUUCCCCGAACUGACAUUAAAUCACUGGCCGAAAGUGACGAAAGCGAAUCCGUGCGGGAAGUGAAGGAAGUGUAUGCCGAUUUUCUCCCUGUUAAUCCAAAUCUAUUCUCUUUGAACAUUCCCACAUGUUUGCAAGCACUUUCCUGGAAUCCCGAAGCGCUGGAGCGCACGGUGCAAGGUCUGAUCAGUGUUUUGCUGGCUUUCAAAAUCCGUCCUGCGAUUCGUUACAAAUCUAGCUCGACGGCAGCGCAAACGCUGGCUAAAAAAAUUCACGAAAAUAUUAACAAAGAGACGGCUUUGUUCAGUUUCCGGCCUCCAGAAGAUGGAAGUUCUCCUCCGUUACUUUUGAUUCUGGAUCGGCGCGAUGAUCCAAUAACUCCGCUGCUAAACCAGUGGACCUAUCAGGCUAUGGUCCACGAGCUUUUGACGAUCACCAAACAACGCGUAGAUAUGUGCGGAGUACAAGGUGUACCGAAAGAUUUAAAAGAGAUUGUACUGUCGUCGGAGCAGGACGAGUUUUACGCUGGUAAUUUGCAUGCCAAUUUCGGGGAGAUUGCAACUACCAUCAAAGGACUAAUGGACGAAUUUCAGAAGAAGGUGAAUGAUCAAAAGAAAAUCGAAAGCAUCAACGACAUGAAAAAUUUCGUCGAAACAUAUCCCCAGUUUAAGAAAAUGUCCGGCACUGUCACCAAACAUUUGGUUUUGAUAAGUGAACUUUCGCUGCAGGUUGGAAAGCAGCAACUUUUCGAGAUUUCCGAACUAGAGCAAGAAAUUGCCUGCCGAGCUGAUCAUUCGACUCAGUUGCAACGCGUCAAGAAACUGGUAUCCGAUGAAAAAAUAAGUCUCCAGAAUGCAUUGCGUUUGAUACUGUUAUACUCGAUGCGUUACGAGCGACAUGCUAACUGUGGUACUUCUGGAUUACUGAAAAUACUUCACGAUCGUGGUGGCCGUUCUCAUUUGGUGCCUCGAAUGCUGGAAUACAUUAGCACCAGCGCUCGGCAGGAACUGUUCAAUACAGUUAAAAUCACCGAUGCCGUUAAGCUGACUCGGAAUCUUAUCAAGGGCCUUAAAGGGGUUGAAAACGUCUAUACCCAACAUAACUGCGUAUUGAAGGAAACGCUCGAAGAAGUGGUCAAGGGUCGUGCGCUUGAUGCCACCUACCCUAUCAUGGGCAAUGAGGUCCCAUACAGGCGACCGCCUCAGGAAAUUGUUGUGUUUGUCAUUGGGGGUACAACGUACGAGGAGGCGCUGGCCGUUCACCGAUACAACCAGGAAGGACAUAAAGUCAUUCUAGGUGGCACGACCAUUCACAAUUCGGAAAGCUUUCUGGAGGAAAUAAUGGCUGCCACUGCUGGGGUACCAUUCAAACAAUCACGCUCGCUUCAGCAGUUUCACAGCGCACCUUCCGGUGAAGCUUAAAUAAAACAAAAUUUAAUGAGUACGAGCUGCAUUUUUCCAAAAAAAACAUAUGUGCAAUGUAGUAUGUGUGUCUUACAGUAAUCGAUCUACAUUAAUUUGUCUAUUUUAACGCAUGAAACUAUCGACUCUUAACAGAUUGCUACUAUUCAUCAUAUAUAAUAAAUCGAAUUCAAUGUGGAUAAUAAUAAAAGUAUUUCGUUUGCAGCA